UUUAAGUCAAAGCCACUCCUGCUUCCUCUCUCCCCUCCCUGCACUGUCUUUACUUCGCAUUCACUUCUGUCUGGACGCAACUCCAGCAGGCAACAUGGAAAAUCAAGUAUUUUUGUCCUUCGCCUUCUACAGCACCCUCCUAAUCCUGAAAAUGUAUACCUUGGCUAUAAUAACAGGGCAGAUCCGGCUACGCAAAAAAGCUUUUGCCAACCCCGAGGAUGCCAUGAGACAUGGAGGUCUUGAAUACUACCGCGAAGAUCCAGACGUUGAGCGCUAUAGAAGAGCUCAUCGCAAUGACAUGGAGAACAUCUAUCCAUUCCUGUUCCUUGGUGCCAUCUACUCCUUGUUGGAUCCCAACCUAAACAUCGCCAGAAUUCAUUUCUUCAUCUUCUUCGUGGGCCGUCUAGUACACACAGUUGCUUAUGUGUUUUCCUUGAAAGCUCCGACACGUUCAUUGGCCUACAGCAUCGCUCAGCUUCCCUGCCUCUCUAUGGCUCUGCAGAUUCUCUACUCUGUUACUUCUUACUGGUAAAUGAGAAUCCAGUAAUGGAAUCCACUAGGACCAUGUGAAAGGUGCCAUUUCCUUGCAGUGGCUGGGAUGCAGCUCAGUACUGCAUCUGCAAAGACUGUGUACUCUAACAAUGUUAACAGUAUUGACUGACAUUUUGUUUCCAUAAUAGUGUUCACGGUUUCUGAAGAAUAUUGUGUAUUGUGCAGAACAAUGAUGAAGUGUUUUUAGAAACUUUUAUUUGUCCUGUUUCUUCAGUGGUAUGUGAGUCCUGUUGUAUUUUUUUUUAAUUGUGUGUCAUAUUGUUGCUAUGCUAAUUAAAUGUUCAUGAUGCUA